GGGGGGUGGGAGAGGAGGAAGUAGCGAGUGGGAGGGAGGAGCUGGAUGCUGACUGGAUGCUGACUGCUGGAGGAGCACUGGUAGGCUGUAGGAUGCUGGAGAGGACGGUGCCCUUGGCUGGGCUGGCCCGUACUUCUCCUCUCCUCGCUUCACUGGUUCUCCUCACCCACCCCAGGCCUUUGCAACCAUUUGGUAGUUUUCCAUUGAAUGUCACCCCCCCGGGGCGGCGGGGCUCCGAACCGCACGGUGAUCAUUUAUUUUAGCGGGAAAUCCAAAUUGGUGCGCACAGACGGGCGAUCCUGCACACAGUGUGGGUAAUUACAGAGAGAGGAAGAGAAGAUAGAGGAGACAACACGGGGGGAUAACUCGGUGAGAAAAGAGGUAGAGACAGGGGAAUCGCUUGGGUGUGUGCUGGAAGCGGUCC